AUGAGAAGUUUUGUGGAGUUUCUCUCAAGAAUCGGUUGUAUCCUGGUCAUUAUUGAGGAUGUACGAGAGGUAAAAUUACUUCAAGUAAGUCAAGAAAACAUAUAUAUAGAGUUUAAAAAUGUGAACAGUGACCUGAUACAAACUACCCAUAUUUCUUUACCAGGUAAAUUUACUAUUCCCGAUACAAAUGUUACAUUCCAAUCGAGUAAACAGCCUGUUUUCAACCUCCGAUUGAAAGCUAUAUGUGAGAACCAUAUACAGUUGUCUGGAUUCAAUGAUGAAAUGCAAGAGAAAUGGUGUAAAAAAGAAUUGUCUCAAUUAUCAUUUUUCACUUUUAAUUGCAUUAACUGUAAUAAUACUAUAAUCUCUAAAGAUAAUUUUUCAAGAUUGAACGAUAUGCCUUCUGAGCAUUGGGAAGAAUUAAUGGACUAUUGGCAUUGUCAUAAACCCUCUAUAAAUGAUACAAAUCAAUUGAAUACUGAUCUUUAUUCCGGAAAAUUUAAGCAUACGUUACGACCGAUAAGAACGGAGCUAUUACUAGGAGGUUCAUAUUUUCUUUGCCUCCCAGAAUCUCUAGAGUUACAAAUUACCAUGAACAAUAAUGAUAAAGAUAACAAAGAAAUUUGUUGUAAAAAAUGUCGCCAUGUAUUAGGAGAACCAACAAAGGACGAACUUAUAAAAUUAUACAAAUGGAACCUGAAAUUGAACAAGAAUAAUAAAGACUAUGAAACGUUUGACCCGGUUGAUGACAUAUUGAUGUCAUUGUUAACUUUUGCAAAGGAUCAAUCUGGUAGAUAUAUUUUAAUUUCAUACAAUCAGACACGACUGUUGUUGUGGUUAUUUAAUACAGGGUUACGUAUAAGUACUUCAAAGAGCCAUAUAAUGACAAAUGCGAAUAAAAUCCUAUACACCAUGAACAAUGAGCUGAUAACCACGGCUAAACAAACCCAUAAUAUGGAAGAGAUAACAGUGCAACAAGCUCCUUUUCAAAAAUGUAUUUCCCAGCUUCAAAAAAGUAAUGAGGCACUGCCUAUAUCCUUACAAAAAUUCGAUGAAUGGUCAGUGAGUUACUUGCAACUAUAUAACCAUCCCAACUAA